AUGUCUGUUGAGAAUGCCGUCACUGACGAAGAGAGUGAAUUAUAUAAUGGAUUUGGAUCCCAACCAAUAUCCAGAAACCAAAUGAGAACAAGGAAAAGAUGGUCAUUUCAUAACAGCACACGGCCCAACUUAGUUGAUAUGCCGCUGGAAGCUUCGGCGGUUGGUACGCCAAGAAGAUUGAGUGAUAUCACGGGGAUAGAUGGAGUCCAUAAGCAAAUUGAUCCUUUAAACGAGCUUGGAGGCGCGCAAUUGUACUCGACCGAAUCAGGUAGGUUGUUUCACGCAGGAAAAAUAAUCAUUGUGCUUGCAGGGUUGCCCGGAAGAGGCAAGACCCACUUAUCGGUCUCGCUCACUAGGUAUUUGAGAUGGUUAGGUGUCAAGACACACUCUUUCCACUUGGGGGACUAUAGACGAGCUAGCGCAGAAGACAAUUUGACUCACGAUUUGUUCGUUCCUACACCCAAGAGCCAAAAAGCACAUGCUUUGAGGGAAAAAGUGGUGAAUGAGUGUUUAAACGAUAUCUUGAGUUUCUUCAAGAACGAUAAGGGCCAAGUUGCAAUAUAUGAUGCAGUGAAUGCAAUUCCUGAAUUCCGAUUACAGCUUCACAAUAAAUUUUCCAAGUUGAUGAUACAAGUCAUUUUCAUUGAAAGUCUUGUAACAGAUGACACAAUAGUAAUGAAAAACAUAAAGGAGGCAGCAAAAUCCUCUCCAGACUAUCACAACUGGGAUUAUGAGCAAGCAUACAAGGACUAUAGUGAAAGAAUUCAGGCGUUAGCACCAUUUUAUAAAGAAAUGGGGUUUAACGAUGACGAAAAAGAUUUGUCCUACAUUAAGUUCAUCAAUUUUGGCGAAAGAAUUGAGCUUCACAAUUCCAACUAUGGUUAUUUGAUCAACAAAGUCGUUUUUUAUUUAAUGAAUGGAAGUAUAAAAUCCGGAUCGGUUUUCCUUGCUCGUUGUUACAAGAACUCCUUGGAUUACAACUGCGACCCGCCAUUGGACGGAGAAGGUGAAAAAUAUGCCAAAAACUUGACAGAAACGUUGAUUGAACAUUUAAAGCUGGAGGGUAAAAACUACAUAGACACAAAUGAAGAGCUGAAUCAAGCAGACGCUUCUUCUUCUUCUUCUUCUUCUCGGAAACGAGAGGUUUCUGUGGAAGAAAGACAGCCGGCAUUGGGGAUUGAUGGUGUGCACGACGACUCUUUAGUUAUAUGGACAUCUGUCAAGAAAAGAACAGUUGAGUCAACAAAAUUCCUUAACUCUGAAAACAUUAGUAUCAGAAAUCGGAUCCAGUUAUCACAGAAAAACCCGGGUGUGGUGGGGACGCUAACAGAAGAAGAAAUUGCAAAACAAUAUCCUGACGAGUAUGCACAAUAUUUAAAAGACCCAUACCACUAUAGGUUUUCGCGUGCCGAGUCGUAUCACGAUCUAGCUAUAAAGAUUGAGCCGUUAAUCUUAGAGAUGGAACGAAUGAGUGGCGACAUUUUGAUUAUUGCCGAUGACACUGUUCUCAAGGUUUUUUAUGGUUACUUGAUGUCCUGUUCGUGUUACGAUAUUCCAUCAUUGAAUUUCAAGACUGAUGAAAUCAUAGAGAUUAAAUUCAAUGCUUACUCAAAUUCAGCAAAAAGGAUCAAGAUUAAAGACUUUAGCAUUAGCGGGAGUGUCUAA